AUGUCUCUUUCCAGCCUUCUUAGGAAUCAAGGAAACGAAUUUUUCCGUCAGGCUGGAAGUUUAAACGCGGAUGAAUCACCGCUGCAGGCAAAGGAUCUAUAUGAGCGGGCGCUUUCUUGCUACUACCAGGCAAAAGAUAAAUCCGAGAACCAGGAUGAAGAAUGCUCUGCUGCGAAGAAUAUCGGCAAAGCUGCAUGGAAGAUAGCCGAUAUUCUCACUAAUAAAGAGCCGCAAGAGAAACCAGAUGUUAUCAUCUUUUAUCUUCAUGAGGCCAUCAAAGCUUUGUGUAAAGCUUACAACAUCAGUGGAGAGUGGAAAGAUGACGAGUGGCGAGGCGAAGUAUUUGAAACAAUUUGUGCUUGUUUACAAGAGGUGAUCGAUGCUUCAGAAGCCUUCGUCGACACUGAUCAAAAGAUCGCACAGCUUGAAAAACUUGCAUUCAUUACCAGUGUGGACGAAGCUUCGAUCGACGUGCACAUGAGUCUAGCGACACUUUAUUUUCACGAUGGUACGACCAAGUUGCAAAAUGGCGACUACAAGAAAUGCCUGUCUCGGAUGACCGACUGUUAUCAACCAAUUGAAGAAGUUAAACGGUUAUCGAAGCGCGGUGAUGCCCUCAGAAUUAACUACGAGAUGUUGAACGAGGCUAGAGUGCUAGAGAAGGAUGUGUUCUUUCACACUUGUGCCGCUAAAUCCGUGCAAGCACGAAUGAUGGGAGAGGAACUUCUUCAGAGCGCCUUGUUGGAGCAGGAAGCGCUGCAAAUGACUCUGAUCUUUGAAGUUAUUGACUGGUUUAAGCAAGCUGUCGUUCUCGCAAGAAAUGUGGAGAUCGAGCAAGAAGCUAUUGCCGAAAGUCGCUUGGGUUAUGUCUACGACAAGGUCCUGAGGAUCACCCUGCGAGCGAAAGCCUACUACACCCAUUGUUUUGAGUUGGCAGAAUCAUUAAAACCUCGCAUGUUCACAGCCUGUCAGUGGUACAAAGACUGCGCGGCAACUCUGCUGAGAUACCAAGAGGAAGCGAGAAAGAGGGACGAAGAGGAGAAAAGCAAAGAAAGAUCAGGUUUCUUGGAGGAAUUGUCACAAGAACUGGAGGAAAUUAAAGACCACAAAGAUCUUGCGGUGGAGUUAAUCAAGUUCUUGUACACCAACUAUCCACCUAAAAAUCCAUCUUGGAAGAAACCGAGCGAGGACGAAAUGGAAGAUUGGGAAGAAUUGAAAACGACCUCCAAAGCAUACAAGAAGCUUCUUAUCAAAGCUCUCGGCGUUUAUCAUCCUGAUAAAGUGGAUGAAGGAGUCUAUGGAAAAAAAUGGAAGGUACUGUGUGAAGAAAUAACAAAAAUGCUUACAUUUCAUUACGAAAGCACAAAAAUAGGGUCUGGCGAUUAG